AUGGUGGGACCUUUACCUCCUCAGAACUAGUUUAAUCCAAAUCUGAUGCAGAUUUCACACAUGCAUACAAGUAUUCCUUGUCCUUCUGUGAGAAAAUCUUCUGUAAAGCCUAUCAAAUUUGGAUGAAAGUUGCUAUUUCGUGCAAUAUUCAGAAGCUGGAAUUUUCAGCUGAGUCUAAUACAAAUCUAAAACUGAUUGCAAGGGAAGAUCCUAUCCAACAUCUUAACACACUUUUAUGUAUUCUAUGUAUACAUUCUUUCAGGUGUAUUCCUUGUGUUCCAGUUCCAAAUCUGAUUUAGAGUGUACCUUUGGCAACUAUCUCGUCAUCUUGGAAAAUCCCAUAUUUAUGUUCUUUUAAUGUCUUUCUCCCUAAAUAUAUUUCCAAUCUGAACCUGGUCCAUACUUGCACAUUAAGCAACAAUGUACACUCAGUGAUUAAAAUCCUACUAAAGGACUUCAGAUACUUGUAUUACAUUGUCCACCCCGCCCACACACACACAUCCCAAACGUACUUUGUACAAUUGUUUACUCUGAACAGUCCCUGCGAAGCAGUGAGUCAAAUCUUGCUUAAUGAAGUCUAAAAACAUUUUGUAGGCGCCCACUCUGGUUAAGUACCACUGCCUCGUCAAUCACGAAUACUGGAUACACUUGCUGACAAUGACUUAUUUACACCCACGUGUCAUAAUGAUCAACGCCAAACAUCACAGCCCUGUCAUCCCUUAUGAGACAGGGAAGUAGUCAUCGACAAAGGCAGGAAAGUCUGGAAAUCGCCAGAAUGAGAGGAGGGGAAAAAAACUCAUCAGGAAGUAAUGCGGUGACCCGAUCGCGUCAAAGCAGUCUCGCUACGACAGGCAACAGCGUGACGCAGAGUCACGCCAAAUGGAGAGUAAAAUUAAGCUGCAAAUACGCUCCUGCCUGUCGAGUCUGAAACCGCGACGUUUCCGGGAGAUUUACCGGGUGGGAGAACGCCGGCAUCACGCGAUUUGCAUCCGUGACGGCUGGCUGGAGUUCUACCUGACAUGUGUGGAGGAGGCGCAGCGUAGAAUAUUUCCCGUUAAUUCCAAUAAUUCAUUGAGAGACUCAAAAGCCCUAGGAAUGUCUGGAAAGGAGGCAAACUCUUUGCUAAUAGGGAGUGCGAGGGAGGUGAAAGACAGAAAAACAGAAGAGACACAUCUGGAAGGGGUUGGAAUGGGAGGGAAUUAUGAUAAGGAGAAAGAAAUCGACCUUGAGAAGAACAAGGUGAGUGGUCAUAAAGAGGAGGAGAAAAAUCACCUAUUCGAGAUAAAAAGUCACAGUGUGGAAAAGGAGAAAUGGAAUCACAAAGAAGGAGGGACUGACAGGGUGAAGGAGACGAAAGGGGAAAGAAAUGGUGACCAGGGGAGUAGUGAAGACAAGGAAAACAACAAUAAAUACCGGGAGAAAGAGAAGAAAAACAGUGAUGCUAAUGAGAAGAAACAGGGUGACCUGAAAGAGGAGGAAAUAACGGGUUCCAAUCAGGAGAAAGGGUGGGAAGAAGAUAUUAACUGGAUGAAGGAAGAGAAAGUCGAUGAUCAUGUUGAGGAGGAGAAACAGAGCCAUCACAGAGAGGAGGAGAGGAGGAGCAACCACAAGGUAUACGAGAAAGGAAAAGACCAAGAGAUUCACUGGAUGGAGGAGGAGAAAAUGUGUAUCCAGGAGGAGCAAGAGGAGAUAAAGGGUAAGCAUGAAAUGGAAGAGAGAAACCAAGAGGACCAAAGGAAUGACCAAGAGGAGGAGUUGGACUGGUUGAAGGAGGGAGAGCAGGAGGGAAAGGGGAGGAGUGGUGAAGAUGAAGAAAAGAGCCAACAGGAAGAGUUUGAGUGGGUGAAGGAGAAAGGGAGCGAUAGCGAAGAUGUCAAAAAGAGCAAACAGAAGGGGGAUGACCGAGAGGAGAGGAUCGAGUGUAGGAAGGACGUAAACCAAAGUUAUUAUGAGGAGGAGAAAGUUGAUAACCAAGAAGAGGAGGAGGACCAGAAAGAGAGUGAUCAAAAGGAGGAGAAAAAGAACAACCGUGAAGUGGAGAAAAAGAAUGAGGAAGAUUGGUUAAAGGAAGAGAAAGUCAUUAAUCAUAUUGACCAAGAGGAGCAAGAGAAUGAGAAAAUGGCUGAUGAUGAAGAGGAGGUGAAAAAAAGCAAUCAGGAGAACAAAAAGAAUGAUAAAGAGGAGAUUGACUGGGUGAAAGAUGAGAAACAGAGUGAUCAUAAUGAGGAGGAGAUGAAGAAUGACCAGGAAAAGGAUGAGAAGCGUAGUCACCAAGACAAGGAGAACAACAACCAGGAGGAGGAGGAGGAGGUUGAAAUAAGGAGUUAUAAUGAGGAGCAAGGGGGAGACCAGGAAAUGCAGGAGGAGCAAGAGAGUAGUUACGGAGAGGAAGAGGAGAUGAAUGAAGAGCAGCAGCAGGAGGAGUUGGAGAGGGGGGAUCAUGAAGAGGAUAAAAGGGCUGACAAGGAGGAGGAGAAAGUGGAUGAUCAGGAUAAGGAGAAAAGGGGCAACGAGGAGGAGGAGGGCAGGAGUUAUGAGGAGGUGGGGGAGAAAAAGGAUGACCAGCUAGAGGAGAUGGACUGGGUCAAGGAGGAGAAAGAAAGUGAUUUUGAAAAUGAAGAAAAAAUGAAUGACCAGAAGGAGGAGGAGGAGAGUGGCUGGAUGACGGGGGAGAAAGUGAGUGAUCAUAUUGAAGAGGAGAAAAUGGCUGAUCAGGAAGAAGACCAGGAGAAGGAGGGUGAUUCUGCAGACCAGAGCAAAGAGAGUAGAGAAGAGGAGGAGAAAGGGAGUGUUUGUGGUGAAGAGAAAAAGGAUGACGAGGAGGAAGAGAAAACGAAUUGCAAUCAGGAGGGGGUGCAACAGAAUGACCAAGAGGAGGAGACUAACGAGUUGAAGGAGGAGAAAGGGAGUGAUUUUGUUGAGAAAAUUGAUGACCAGGAGGUCCAGGAGAAAAUGAGAGAUUAUGAAGGUGAUGAGAAAAAGAGCAACCAGGAUGAAGGGGAGAAGCGAGGCGGCCAAGAGGAAGAGGAGAAAAAAGAGGGUGAUCAUCAAGAUAAGAUGACGAAUGAGCAGGAGGAGGAGAACAAGGGGAGUUACAAUAACUUGAAACCAAAUGACAAAAAGCAGGAGAUGGACUGCGUGAGGGGGGAGGAAGAGAGGGAUUAUGGUGAUUUGGAAAAAAUGGGUGGUAUGGAAGAGGAGAAGGGACAGUAUAAUCAUAAAGAGGAGAAAGAGAGCAAGCAGGAAGAGCAGAACAGGGCUGACCAGAAGGAAGAUGAGAAGAAAGGUGAUCUGGAGCAAGAGGGGAAAAUUGGGAACAAUGUUGAAGUGGAGCGGGAAAAUGACCAAGAAGAGGAGGAAAAAUGUGACACUGAGGAGGAGAAAAUGAGUUACAAUGUGGAGGAAGAGGAGGUGGAGGAGAAGGAUCAAGACGAGGAAAAGGCUGAACUGGAGGAGGAGAAAAUGAGUUACAUUGUGGACGAGGGAGAGGAGAAGGAAAAGGAUCAAGAAAAGGAGGAAAAAGCUCACCAGGAGAUGGAGGAGAAAAUGAGUUACAAUGUGGAGGAGAAGGGGGAGAAGGUAAAGGAUAAAGAGGGGAAGAAAAGUAAUUACAGCAUGGACAAGGAGAGGGACCAAGAAGAGGAGGAGGAAAAAGUUGAACUGGAGGAGGAGAUGAGUUGCAAUGUGGAGGAGAAUGUGAAAAAUGACCAAGAAGAAGAAAAAGUUGACCUAUAUGAGGAGAAAAUGAAUUACGAGGAAGAGAAAAACAAUGAUAAAGAGGAGGAGAACAGUUGUUUUGUGAAGGAGCCUGAGAAGGAGAAGGCAGAGAAAGAUGAGGAGGAAAAAGAGUGUGACGAGGAGGAAGAAAGGACAAAGCAGGAGGAGAAAGUGAGUGACCGUCAUGAGCAGGAGGAAAUGAGCAACAAGGAAGAAAAGGAGAACAUAAAUUACUAUGAGGACGAGGAAGAGGAGAGGAAGAAAAACAGUGACCCUGAGGAGAAUGGCCCGGAGGAGAAGAAGGACAAGGAGAAAGAGGUUGACCCAAAGAAGGAGGAAAGCAAUGAGGCAGGGGAGGCGGGAGAAGCAGAGGAAGAGAGCAGCAAAGAAGAGGCCAGCGACCAGGAGGAGGAGGAAGGGAGCGACGAUGAGGAGGAGGAGAAAGAAAGCGACAACGAGAAGGAGAGCGACCAAGAUGACAAAGAGGAGGAGGACAGCGAUGACGAUGACGAGGAGGACGACGAAGAGGAAGACACGGACAACGAGGAGGAGGACACUGACCAAGGGGAGGACGACGACGAUGAUGACGACGACGAGAGCGACAGUGAGGAUGAAAGUGACAGCGGGCAGGAAAGCGGCAGCGAGGAGGAGGACAGCAACCACGAGGAGAAGAAAGAUGGCGACCAAGAGAAGGAAAAGGAGGAGGACACGGACAAAGAGGGAAAGGAGAGGGCCAGUGGAGCGCAAGAAGAGGAGGAGGAGGAGGCGAUGGAUGUGGACGAAAGUUAUGUUCAGGAGGAGGUGGAACGACAGAGUGACACCAAGGCAAUGGGCGACCACGACAAGGAGAACGUCCUCGAGGAGGAUGUGCCGGAGGGUCGCUGGAACGAAGCGGUGAGGAGGCUCUGGGUGGAAAGAUGGAUAAGGGCGAGGAGGGAGAACGGGAGGCGCUGGGUGGUCAUGAGGGGGAGGAGGUACAGAGCGAUGAGGAGGCGCUGGAUGACCACCAGGAGGAGGAAAAAAGCAAAGAGGAGUUUGGUCGCAAUGAGGAGGAGGCUCACUCGAGUGAUGGAGAGCCCACGGGUCAGUGAGGCAGGAGGAGGAGAGUGGCCAGGAGGAGAACCAGGGAACUAAGCGGGAGAGGAAGAACAUGAAGGUGAACAGUGAGGAGCAGGGAGAAGAGGAAGAGGAGGCGGUCUUACAACGUCAAUGAGUAAAAUGUGUAAAUAUUAAGAGUGGAUAAUAAACUACUUACUGUAUUUGUCAUGUUUAGAUGAACUUGUUAGCGCGUAGGAAUCAUUUAUCGUGUAAUAUCAAAA